AUCAGAACUAAAGCCACUGAUCUCUAAUAAAAUACUCAUUAAGAGAAAUGAAUCAAGAGUGCCUGAUAUCGAGCUAAUGCUGAAGACCCCGGACAAAAACCCUUUAAUUUUUACUAGUAAGUAUAAGUUGGAUCUCUCUGCCUCUAGCUUUGUCCCAUCUGCCUCUCUAGGGUUCUGCUUCUAAUGUGCUCUGCUCCCAUGUGAGUACCAAUCCAAUCCCAUUUCCUUCCUCUCCCUUCUGAAUCCGUUUGCCAUGCUCUUUCCUCUGUUAUUAUUAUGUUUGUGUUUCGUUUUCAUUUCUAGAUUUCUCUGUUUCAGUUCUUGUAAACUGAUCUUUGCUUGAUUGUUCUCGACUUGCAUACUCACACGACAUGAGCUGCUGCCACCAUUAAUUUUUUGUAUGGUAGCCAGCUCUGGAAGUUCUAGAUUCCUCUGUUGAUGUUGAUAGUUGUUGGGUUAACGUCUGUUUGUUUGCUGGGGAAUGAAAGAGAAAAUAACGACAAAAGAUUGUAGAGAAAGAACAUAAUUGCUAAUUGCAUGUAGUUGGUGGGUUAAUUUAGGAGAUUACUAUUCGUAGGUUUUGGUUUUAGGAAAUCACCUUUUUUGUUUUUCCCUCUUGAUUGCCCACCUGCUUCAACCGUUUAGAAAUUUGUUAUAUAAUCAGAUUUCAAAUUGUUGUUGUUAUUUCUAAUAUAGUCACUAUUAUUUU